CAAGACGAGACGCCGUCUCAGAAGCCGUACAUUCACUUCUACCCGUCUGCUGCUUUGAAUAUAAACCCGUCGAAAUCGCGCUUCCUCCUUGUCAUUCUUACUCCAUUAUUCAAUCGCAGCACUCAUACCAUCCUCUACUGUUUGGCCUCCUAGCGGCAAGCUUCAACAAGGCUGGGCAGCCAUCACAGCCUUCCACCACAAAGCUACUCGCCAGUCACGUCAGCAGGGAUGGACCAGCAGACCAAAAGCAAACUGGAGGCCUUGCGCCCUCAGGUCCCCAGAUUUCUCUUCCGAGCAUGGCACAAUAAUGCGAGCAAGUUCGGUAGUCGCUUCGUCUCCGGAGGAACAGUGGGCCUCAAUACAACAAAGGCCAUCACCCCUCUCGCCUUCUACAGAGGUGAUGCUCCCAAGUCCGUGUACGAGCUGACUCGCGAAGACUUUGGAUCCCUGGCUUCUGCUCAUGUCUGCGGUGAAGACUCGGUCACGCCCUUCUCGUCGUGGUCUGCAUCCCUUACAUUCGUCCUCGCCUUCCUGCUGGACUCGUUCGCAAAGACGGACGACAUUUACAUCAGCAUCAUCGACACCAAGGAGCUCUGGGCUUCCAACCCGGUGUUCUGGGUGCCGUCUCUCCUGUUCCUACCCGACUACAUUCCCAACUACGAGGAAUACCUGCUCUACGGAGUGGUCCAAGGCCGCUGGCACAAGUCCGUACCCCUUCGAAAGUUCCUGGACGCCAGACUCGGCCUUCACGGUAUAGAAGGGUGCUUUGUGAAUGGCGUCACCCCGGAGUCGAUGGAGCGUGCUGCCACUGUCGCGCGCGCGUACGGACCCGAUUUCGCUCUGCCAGUCUAUCUCGCCAUCUUUUGCGAAGGUGGGAUUCUUCCCAACGGGAGCACCGCCAACCUCAACGCCAUUCUCGGUGGGAUCGCGCCAGUGGACAUUCCUCUGAAGUGGGCCGACGACACCGAGGUGAAACCUUGGUUCGGGUACCCUGCGGUCCUCAAGUUCUGCAAUCUGCUGAAGCUCCUGGCCAAGAAGACGAUGGACAAUGACAAGGCUUUCAAUCCUCUCGGAGAGAACCGCUCGCCGAACAGGAAGCGUGCCCAUGUUGUUGACGAGACCGACGAUGAGGACAGCCCAGCGACCAAGAAACGAGUCCGCAUCGAAGCCAGCACAGACCGCACCACCAACAAAGACAAGAAGCAGCCCCCAACCAUGAUUGGAAAGCGUACCUUCGACGACGAUGACGAGGAGGACGAUUACUAUAUUUACGACACAGCAGAGCCAGUCUCAGUCUCAGACUCAGACUCAGACUCAGAGCCUGAGCCCAAGCCAGCGCCCAGAAAAGCGAGGCACACCACCUCCACCGCCACCCCAAAGAAACUGCUGAAACCCAUGCCCAAAAAGCCCACCGUAGGCGUCACGACGAGGCGCAUGAGCAAAGCUGGCAAAUCCGUCUUCAAAGGGCCGGGUGUCAGCACCCGACGGGCGAGUGUCGCGAUGGAGGGGGAACUGAAGAAGUUGGUGAUUGACAUGAAGGAUUGAAUAUUCCAAGUGGGGGAGCAUCGUUGGGAAUAGUCUGGCUUAAUGCGGUGGAGCCAGGUACAUGAACAGUACCUAUCUUGAGGGAGAGCACUGGGGAUAUUGGGUGGUCACAUUGUCGCGUUGGGUGGAAGUAAUCAAGGCAUGGUUGUGUUUGUUUUCACAUCUUUCAAUUGCGCCGCACUCGUCAUGCGAGUUACUUGAGUGUACGAUAGCUUGGCGCAAUGCUUAGCACUGUUCCAACAGA